UACAGUAUGUCAUUGAUGUUUGUUUUCGAGUGCAGUCCAGUAGAUGGCGAUAAACAACAUCUCGGCAGGAAGCGCGGCGCAAUGAGAAGAAGUCAGAAAAUGGCGAUUUCCGGGCCGGGGCUGUGAGGUUGAAGGCAAAUCGUCCAUACUGACAUUGUGUGGAAUUCUUUACGAUUUCAUCCUGCUGGUGCUGCUGCUUUAAGGAUCUUCCCCAACUAUGUCUGCUGACAUCAUGAAAGACCCCUCUGCCGUGUUCGUCCGUGGCCCCGGCGAUGGCAUGGAGACGGACAAACCUACACUGAAACUGGAGACGUCUGUGGAGCCACUGCCUCUAAAGGCGUCUCCUCCCAGACAGAGUCCCAGGACUGCUCCAGCAUCCCCCGGUGUCCUUCACCUGGGAAAAGUGAACCGGGAAUCCUGCGCUGAGGUGGAGGCCGUGCGCAUUGUCGUCCCGCGUGCCGCCAUCAUCCGGAGCGCCCGAGCAGGUGCUCACCCUGACAGCAAGACGGAUGAAAGAGGAUCAGGGUCUCCUCACCACGGUGAGGACCGCCCCCCGUCCCCGCCCUCAGAACCACAGGACUAUAAGAGCAUUGUGGAAAAGCUGCAGAACUCUGAGCGCAGGCUGCUGCAGGACAAAGAAGGGCUUUCGAACCAGCUGCGUGUUCAGACUGAGGUAAACAGAGAGCUGAAGAAGCUUCUUGUGGCUUCGGUAGGCGACGACUUGCAGUAUCACUUUGAGCGACUGUCUCGGGAGAAGAACCACCUCAUCCUGGAGAACGAGGUUCUGGGCCGUAACCUGGCGCACACGGCCGAGCAGCUGGAGCGCAUGAGCAUUCAGUGUGAUGUGUGGAGGAGCAAAUUCCUCGCCAGCAGAGUGAUGGCCGAGGAGUUGACUAAUUCCCGAGCUGCUCUCCAGCGACAGAUUCGAGAGGCUCAAACUGCCAUCCAGGACCUGCUGCGUGAGAGAGAGGAGUUCUCCCGAGACAUGACGCACACACACAGGUCUCUGGAGCAGCUGCUAGUCUCACUACAGUGGGGUAGACAGCAAACCUACUACCCCAGCGCACAGCCGCUCAGCACCGGAGAACUGGCUGCGGCCAAUCACAAGCUGGCUGAUGCCAUCAACUCACACCUGCUGGGAAACACAGGCAAGAGCAGCAGCACGAGCGUGAAGAGCAGCUCAACGUCUGAACUCUGCAACACGCCGGCGGAGAAGAUGGCUGAGAAGGUCCUCAGGAUCCUGGAUCCCAUUUCCUGCCCAGAUUCGGCGGGUGACUCGGCCAAUCCUGACUCCACCGUGUCUCCUUUCCUUCCCAAUAAGAAAAGCAUCGGACGUUUUCACCCGUACACUCGCUACGAGAACAUCACCUUUAACUGCUGUGAGCACUGCUCCGGAGAGCUGCUCGUGCUCUAAGACACGCUCACAUGAAAGCCAUACUCCAGUGCUGUUUUUCUCCAUUUACUGCAUCUGUAGAGUUAGGGAUUUUUCCAAACAUGCACUUUGAGACUUUUGUUAGUACGUUUGAGACCCUCAGAGUUCCUGUUUAUUCAAAACCUUUUCACUUCUAAUAGAAGUCUAAGGGCAGAUGUAGAAUUCUGUACCUUCUAAUUACUUAGGUCUCACAAAGUGUUAAUUGAUCAGUGACAAAAUGGUGUUCAUGUGUAAAUUAUAAAUGAAAUCAACUGCUCAUUUCUGAAAGUAUAGCCAUUUAAAGGUACAUAUGAUUGCUGAAAAUAGCUAUGAAGGUGUUUAACAUGUCUAUGAGCUGCCCCUAGGCUUCUCUUCUAAGUGAAAUGUUCAGUUCUUUUCUCAGUAAAACAUAUAAAACCUUACAGAUUAGGCUUUCCCUGUGGUAACACACUCUGUUACAAUUCCUAUUUUCUUAUUUUAUUUUUUCCGAACAGAUCUGUGCCCCGAAUACAGAUGAGUGCAAAAGUUUGCAUACCCUCAGCACAAAGAAAUGUAGCGUUGGGAUUUCUACAGCUGUUUCUUCAUUACUACAGGUCACAGAAACGCUCAGGUGUUUGUCGUGUAGAGUAGUGAAAGGGAAUGAUGUAAAUAAUAAUGAUGUAAAUGUUAUGAUUCUGUUACAUUUUCCUUCAUUUAAAAAGAGUUGAGGUGCAAACUUUUGUCCUUCGCUGUAUCAGAAGACACACAACUGCUUCAGUGUAAUAUAACUAUACACCUGACUUUUUAUUUUUCUAUCAAAAAAAAGCAAAAAACAGGUAUUUUUUACUAAAGCUUGAACACUAUCAUGUAGUAGGAUGUUGUGUGCAUUUGUGAACGGAUGAUUCAUUGCAUUAAUUCGAAAGAAAAGAAAAUGAGGAACUCCAGUGAAAGUGCGGUGAUGGAUCCCAACAACCACAAAAAUAAUGGAGCAAUAAAGGGCAUGAAGCCUUUAUUAUCGCCACACAUACAUUACAGCGGAAUUUUUUUGUGUAAUAAAUGCGACAAGAAAUAAUGCGUCUUAUUGUGGACACCAAAGAGAGAAUAGUUAGAGACUUUUUUUGCAUUUUUUCACUUUAUAUUAUUAUUUUUUCCCCUGUAACUUGAAGCUGUUGAUUUCUUUAUCAGCUCGUGUUCACGUGGGACUCGCCUCGUCUUUGCACAACUAUUUAUACGUAACAUGAUAAAAAAACUUUUAAUUCUUUUUAAGAUUAAGAAAAUGCUGUGUGAUGAUUUGCCUGAUGCGUUUCUCUUGAAUUGCUGCUUUUCUCCCUGAUUUAUGCAGUGUGUGUUUUUGUUAUGGAAUUUUCCAGAAAGAUUAUCUCAUCUUUCAUCUGUGUGCUUGAUUGCUAGGGUUCGUUUUCAUAAAAGCCCGGCACUGCUUGUUUUAUCUGUGCAUACUGAAUCAGGAAUAAAUGAGCUGCUUAUACUUGAGGCAGUAUUUGUGAAAGAAAUGUAUUCUAGUGUUUGAACCUGUUAUAAAGAACUUGGGUGCAAUUCUACAAGUCAUUUUUAUUUCUAUUGUAAUGAAUCUGUUUGUAAAACAUUUCAAACCUCUGUACAUUUUGUAAUUUUGUGAGAUACAUCAAUUAAAUUCUGG